AUGUCUGCUUUUGAUCCAGCAAACCAGAGCAUGCAGUAUACAGAGCCUGAGAUAAACUAUAUUGCUCCACGGAUUAAACUGAGGGAUGAGAUGUGUGACUUUAUUGAUGAUAAAUGGGUGAAUGAGAGCUCCUGCCAGCCACCUUUUGCUUCCCACCAGAAACUCUUUAACAAGAAGGUACAGAAUGAGUGGAGCAUCUGGGAGGAGAACAGAGUGCUCUGGGAGAAAACCCAACUCCUCCAGAUCAAAAACAGGAUGCUCUGGGAAGAAAACAAGGCUCUACAAUGUCUCCAGCCACACAACAACAUCAACGUUGUUAACACUGAUGCUGUUCAGCAAAGCCUCCAGAAGGAAAAUGAGCUGUUCCCAUUCUUCCAAGAGAGGAACAUAGGCUUUCAGGUCAGCCCAGGCCACAAAGCUCUUCAGAUGGUCCAGGAAAUUAAUGGAGUUUUAGAAGAUUUCCAUCAGGAGAAUAAAACAGUCCCCAUCAGCUUCAAAGACCAAAAAGCCAUCACAGUCCAGGAAGAGAGCAAAGAUGCUAGCUCAGAUCUUCAGAAGGACACUGCCAAAAUCACAAAUGUGGAAGAAGGUAACCCUGGCCCAUCCCCCCAGCAGGAAUACAAAGCUAAAAAGAAGAGCACCACUCCAACCCAGAAUAAGAUCAAGUCUGCCCCAGGCAUACAGGGCGAGUAUGAAAUCCUCCGUGCUCUCCAGGACUUAUACCAACUCCUCCACAUCUUCCUGAAAGUGAACCAUCUCCUUGGGGAGAAACAGGGUUGUCACAUUCUCUAUGAUGUGAGCAGGUCCUUCCAAGAAGAUUAUAAUAAAUUGAAGAUGCAGCUGAUUGCUGUGAAAAACACUGUGUCAGACAUCACAGCUCAAAUGGAAAUGUUGGAAAGGGAACUCAUUGACAUCACUUCCGCAGUGUAUGAAGAAGCAGGACAGAUGUUGGCAACUGAGCAUCAGCUUGGAGGGAUGUGA